AUGCGGCUUCAAGCAGCCCUUAUCCUGCUGGCCUCUGCCGUGCCCGCUUCCCUGGCAAUUUUCGCAGACGAGGCCUACCACAUAGAUUACCACCAUGCCUUACUAGGAACUCCCCAGGGACACUCGACUUUCUUCCACAAGCCCAGCACCUCCUCUGCUGCGUCGUUACUCUACACGCUAUCUGAAAAAUAUAUCCUGGGUGCAGUGAACCCGAAGGAUGGUGCGAUUGUCUGGCGUCAGAACCUGGCAACAGCAGCGUCGGCGGAUGAUGGCCACCCAUUACCGUCGUUGCUAAGAGGUGUUGAAGGUGAGGAUGCUGUGGUCAGUGCAAUUGGCGGGAGGGUGGCUUCAUGGAGCGCAUUGGACGGGAAGUUGGCCUGGGAGAAUGAGUUCCAUGAUGGCCCGGUUGUCGGUUUGGAGACGCUUGUCCUUGAUAAGUCCGUGGACCCGAAGCUGGCUGCUAAGGAUUUAAUCGUGCUUUUUGGCAAGAAAUCGGGCAUUGUUAGACGGUUAGAUGGCGCAUCCGGAAAUGUUAAAUGGGAAUACAAAGAUGAUAGUGAUAACUCACCGUUCCAGGUGUCGACUUCACAAGCUGCUAUUUACUAUAUUUCUCUACAACCUGCAACACGGAAGGGAUAUAAAAUCAAAGUUACAGCGCUAGAUUUGAACACGGGUCACCAAACGAACCACUAUACCCUGAACUCUGAAGGCGAGGUUUCCUCUCCCCAAUCUAUCAUUUUCGUUGGAGCAAAUUCCAAAUCUCCGUUGAUUGUAUGGGCGGAUAGCACAUGGAAGACCAUAAAAAUAAAUGUGAUUGGAACCAAGCACAUCCAUUCUCUUGAUGUUAACAACAACAGCGGCGAGGAUAUCCAGAAGGUCGAAUUCCACGCUCCUCGUUCCUUCAAUGCGGAACCACAUUUCCUAAUCCACUAUGCGACAGAAUCCAAAUCAUGGGCAGAGGUAUAUCACACGGACAUUAAAUUGGGUGAAAUAUCCAGCGCUUACCAGCUUCCAAUGGUUGCUGAAAGUUCGGUUUUCACUACGAGUAAUAGGGAUACCAACGUCUACUUUACUCGGGUUACGAAAACUGAUAUAAGUGUCGUCUCGUCUACUUCUCAUGAAAUCCUUGCCAGAUGGACUCCUAGUGAAGCUGUAACUGAAAAUGCACGCCACGCGGUCUCCGAAGUCGUUGCUCGUGGCUCUACCUAUGCCGUUCGAUUUGCCCAGGUUUUGGAGGCUGGAAACUGGAUGCUGGUUCGAAACGGCGAUAUUGCAUGGAGCAGACCAGAGAUUUUGACCGAAGCCGUAGCAGUGUCCUGGGCUGACGUCAAUGGUGGGGAGAAACUUGCUCAAGCACUGGAAGUAGAAGGUCAUGAAUCAUUAGUGGGAGCAUAUGUUCACCGGUUGAAACGCCAUGUGAAGGAUCUGGAGGGUUUGCCUACAUGGCUCCGCGGAUUACCCGUCCGUAUUCUAUCGAGUUUCAUGGCGAGCGAUGGUUCAGAUCGCAUCAGCUUUGGAUUCAGGAAAUUAGUGAUUGUGGCCACCAGGAAUGGUUACGUUCUGGCUAUAGAUCACGCGAAUAAGGGCAAAAUUUUGUGGAAGACCAAGGCCGCUGAAUCCCGCGAUGCUGACUGGAACGUGAAAGUUAUCAGUGUUGCUCAUUAUAUUGCGACAGUCUAUGUGGAAGAUGGCAGCUUUGUCAAGGUCAAUGUCUCUUCAGGAGAGAUUAUUGAACGAGGCAAUCCGUCUGAACACCUUGAAUCUAUCGUCCUGAUACCCAGCGGGGGAAAUCAAGUUGCGGUCAGUGUCCAAGCUCGUGGUGUGCCCGAUUUAUCCUCUGUGCCUAUUGACGGCAACACAUUCAUUGUAACACUAAAUGGUGGUCGUGUCUUCGGUUGGAACUCCGCGAGCCCCAAGGUGCCCCUUUGGGAAUUUUCACCUCCCAAAGGCGAGAAGCUUAUCAAUGCUAUAGCCCGCCCACCUCAUGAUCCAGUUGCAUCAAUUGGAAAAGUACUGGGAGAUCGCUCUGUUCUCUACAAAUAUUUGAAUCCAAACCUUGCUCUCCUCACGGCCGUUGGGGAUUCGACAGCUGCCUUCUAUCUUCUCGACGCUGUAUCCGGACAAGUCCUUCACUCCAUCACCCAAACCGGCGUCGACACCAGCCAACCCAUUACUACAGCUCUGUCAGAAAACUGGUUCACUUACUCUCUCUGGGCCGAUGUAACAGAAAGUUCAGACUCAAAAGGCUACCAGCUCGUGAUAUCCGAACUGUAUGAAUCCCCCAUCGCCAAUGACCGCGGCCCACUAGGUGAGGCCGCAAACUAUUCGAGCAUCCAUUCAAACUCCGGCAUUCCCCGACCCCACGUAAUCUCUCAAGCCUACAUAAUCCCUGAACCCAUCUCAAGCAUGGCCGUCUCUCAGACCCGCCAAGGCAUAACCACCAAACAAUUACUAUGCUCCCUACCCGCUUCAAACGGCGUCAUCGGUAUCCCGCGUCAACUCCUAGACCCCCGGCGCCCAAUUGGUCGCUCGCCAACGGCGAAUGAGGCGGAGGAGGGCUUGACCCAAUACGCAGCCUUCCUAGACUUUGACGGCAGGUGGUUUCUCACGCACUCGCGCGAUGUCAUUGGUAUUCAGAAUAUUGAAUCGAGCCAGACGUUGCUAGAAAGCACCAGCCUUGUAUUCGCCUAUGGGUUGGAUGUAUUUGGCACACGGAUCCAUCCUAGUCAGGCAUUCGAUAUUUUGGGCAAGGGCUUCUCUAAGAUACAGUUGCUGUUGACUGUUAUUGCGCUGGCUGUUGGCGUUGCGAUGCUGGCUCCUCUGGCCCGACGGAAACAAGUGGACUUGAAAUGGAAGUCUUGA